AUGGACACCACCAGCCCCAAGAACGUGCCGGACUUCAUCGCGGCGCUGCAGAUGCUCCUGCAGCAGAUGCAUGAUAAGUUCCAGAUCAUGUCGGAGCAGAUCACUGAGAAGAUCAAUGACAUGAGCAGUCGCACCGAUGAUCUGGAGAAGACCAUCGCCAACCUCAUGAGCCAGGCUGGGGUGGAGGACCCGGAAGGAGAACACAGGAUUUCCGCCACCCACAAGGGCUGA